UGGCGGCGUGUUAGGUCGACUUACAGACUACAUUCUCUCCAUGGUUGGGAAAGAGGAACACAUUCUGGAGGUCGUCAGCGUUUAUGGCAACACUGGCGGAGGCCAUAAGGACGGCAUCCACCAGAAAUCCACGUCUUCUUCUUCUUCUUCUUCUUCUUUUUCUUCAGAGGACACUGCACGUUCGGUGCCUGCCGUUUCCGUGUGGCUGGCAGUCAGAAACAAAACGGGUGACUUCAUGAAUCCUGUGAAACUAAAAGGACUUCUUAGCCUCCACAAACGUCAGCUGGAAACGUCUGCUGGAAUGAACGUCACCGUAGAAGGAAUGGACAAUAUGUACUUAGGGCUAAAGGACAAGGACCUCCAUCACGACCAUCGAAUGAUCAAACUUGAAGCCACCAGAUACAGGGAGAAAAAACCCACGAAGGCUCUGGGAGACAAUCCAUUCGAAGAUGCAGACAGCGAGGCAGAGGAAUGGGAAUCAGACGACAAUGGGGAAUCAGGAAGGGAAAGAGAGGCGCUCGAGAACAAGGACUUCUACACCGCACGAUACAAAGCUGAUGCUAUAGGAGGCCCAAGCCCUAUGGCGUCGGUGUCUUCAAGUAUCAUUCAUCUGCAGGUCAUAGACACAAACAACACGUCCCUGGUGACACCUCGGCUGAAGCAGUUUUAUGACUGCAAGAGUCCUUCCAUGUCUCAACCUCGUCAGGAGCAAACUUGCUCACCAGGGUCUUGCUUAAAUGGUGGAAGAUGCGUACAGUUCUCAGAAGGGAAAAGGUGCAUCUGCCCCGGAGGGUCGGUGGGCUACAACUGCAAAGUUCUGUCUCGAUCUUUUAUGGGUUCUGGAUGGUCUUGGCUGCCUCCCAUUCCACCGUGCUUCCCAUCCACAAUGUCUUUCAAAAUCCUGACGCAACAGAGGGAGGCUCUUCUCCUUUAUUCAGGACCUAUUGAAAUUACAGGGGAGAAGCUUCCAUUCGUGGCCGUACAGCUGUCAGAUGGGUUUCCUGAGCUACUGACAGACAGCUGGGCUGGCAGAGCAAAGCUUCAAGUUAAUACUCAAAUUAAUGAUGGGCUUUGGCAUACAAUACAUGUCAGACUGGAUCACGGGGGAGUUUCGAUGGUACUUGAUGCCUGUGGUCAAAGCUGGAAAUACCAAACUGAUGAUGCCCACUGCGCUGCCAGGGUCUCUUGGACUAACCCUGAUCGUCUGUUAUCGUGGGUUAACACAGGUCCGCUGCAACUGGGUGGGUUAGCCCAUGACGGUGAUUACGAUGGGUAUCAGUGGGCUGAGGGACCAAUCAUACAGCCACUAAAUGGAUGUAUGUCACAUAUUACAGUCAAUGGUGAGCUUUUAGACUUAGGUGAGCCACCAUUAAGCCAGGGAAGUCAACCUGGUUGCCAACAGGGAGAGGAGUCAUGCGAAGGAGAUACCAGUAGUUGCAUUUCGAAUGGAAUGUGCCAUAGUGGGACUGAGCUACCAAGUUGCAUUUGCAAACCAGGUUUCACAGGAUCAGAUUGUCAGCAGCCAACUGCACCAGCAACUCUAGGUCCAACUUCCUACUACAAAGUGGCCUUAUCAUUCACACCGUCCCACCAUUCACUGAGUCUACAAAUAAGAAUGAAGGCACAAGGUCAGCCAGAUGGAUUACUUAUACGUGUGGCAGACCGUCAUGCUCAACACUCACUCUCGAUACAGCUUCACGCGGGAAAGGUCUGCUUGGAAGCAUUCACGACAGGGAAGCCAUCGCAAAUAGUCUGUAUAGAAGGGUUCCUUUUGGGUGAUGAUAAGUGGCACUUGCUUCGAGCAGAACGUAAUGGACAUAACCUGAAGAUCGCUGUGGACGAUGGAGAUGGUUUCUUGCAGAAUGAAUCCUUCCCAAGUCUCGUUACACACAGGGCUGAAGACUGGAUAAAAGAGAUGCCCAUGUCUCUAGAAGUAAACAGGAACGAUGGGGUCACCAUUGGUGGAAUCCCAGAGUACACGGGUACCAAGCUUCUUACUGUACAUAACGAUUUACAAGGAGUUUGUAUUGAUGACCUUCGCAUUUCGGGUCACCAACUGCCAAUUCCUCCUGUGUCCAAUAGCAGCAAAUGGGGUCAGGUCACGACCCAAGAGGGACUCUUGCAUGGCUGCGUCCUCCCAGAUAUUUGCCAAAAUAUCUCUUGCAAAGUCCCUCUCACUUGCAAUCCUACAUGGCCCGAGCCAUCAUGCAGCUGCGGUGACGGUCUCCAGUCCGUCGGCAACGCCUGCAAGGACAUUAACGAAUGCCUCUGGAACCCCUGCUUGAACGGAGGCUCCUGCCACAACCUCCACCCGGGCUACUCCUGUCACUGCGAAAGGCAGUUCCUGGGAGAGAACUGCCAAUUUCGAAAAUGGGACACCCCGGCUCGACCUUUCACGACCCAGGCACUCAUUGCCACGGUCACCAUCUCCCUUUUCGUGCUCGUGUUAUUAGGUCUCAUCUUCUCGAUAAGACACCACUGCCUCCGACACCAGCGGGCUCUGCAAAGCCAAGACAAAGACCAAAUGAGGGACAGCGGAAGGAGCACCGCUAAAAUAAUGGUCCUCAACGGGGAAAAACCGGGAAGGGGGCGGAGGAGGAGCACGACCCCCAUGACCAGCAGUACUGACGAAAUGGAGGUAGUCGUCAUGACCGAGAGUCUAGCCAAGGACGACCCCCAUCUGGAGUUCAUGGAGAGGUUCCGGUUGUCGCAUGAAACAUCUUCGUCUUUGGAAAAAGAAGGGAACUCUACAUCGUCCCAACCGUCAACUUCCGUUGAAUGCGCAAGCAAUUGCAAGGCAUGGGACCACAAACAACCGAGCCCUCUUGCGGACAGUCACCAGCGGAAGGGGACUGAACUCUCGCUUUCCAAAGGGAUACACAUAACGACCGUCUCCGCUGGGAGCAACCCAGACUGACGGCAGCCGGAAUGACCUUGAAACAUUUUUUUUUAUAUCCAGCUCAUCAGGAUUUUGAACACCCAACUCUUGAAACUAAUUUAUAAUCCUCAUUAAACCACACCUUCACAAUCAUUGCUGUUCUGGGAACCAACACAUUUGUCAUAAGGAAAUUAAUAAAUAUUUAAGUAAA